CAAAAAAAUCUAAUUAAUUAAAAAUGCCUAAAAUUGAUCCGGAAACACAAAAAUUGUACGAUGAAAUCAAUGGAAUGAUACAAAAGUUUAAGGAUGAUCAAAAAGCAAAAGCCGACUGCACUUUGGAAGAAAAGUGUGGGGAUAUGUCCGGAAUUCCUAAGAUACGCUUUUCUUCUAAGAAGGUACUCAAAGGACAUAUUAAUAAAGUAAAUUCAGUGCAUUUUGCUGGUGAUUCAAGACAUUGUGUAACAGGUUCUUUAGAUGGUAAACUAAUUAUAUGGGAUACAUGGACGGCAAAUAAAGUCCAGAUCAUACCUUUGCGCUCAGCUUGGGUAAUGACUGUCGCCUUCUCACCUUCAGGCAAUUUUGUUGCUUGCGGUGGUAUGGAUAAUCAAUGCACUAUUUAUGAUGUAAACAAUCGUGAUGCCUCAGGCGUAGCGAAGAUGACACGUGAAUUAUUAGGUUAUGAAGGUUUUUUAAGUUCUUGCCGAUUCUUGGAUGAUGGACAUAUAAUAACUGGUUCAGGUGAUAUGAAGAUUUGCCACUGGGAUUUAGAGAAAGGUGUUAAAACGAUGGAUUUCAAUGGACAUGCUGGUGAUAUAGCUGGUUUGUCAAUUUCGCCGGAUAUGAAGACUUAUAUUACUGGUUCGGUAGAUAAAACCGCCAAGUUGUGGGAUGUACGUGAAGAGAAGCAUAAGCAAAUGUUUUUCGGACAUGAAAUGGAUGUCAGUUCAGUUUGUUAUCAUCCCAGUGGUAAUGCUUUUGUGUCCGCAUCAGAAGAUCAGACAUCACGUCUAUACGAUAUACGUUCGGAUCAACAAAUCGCUGUAUAUGAACCACCACAAAAGAAUACUGGCUUUACCUCUUGUGCUUUAUCAACAAGUGGACGUUAUUUGAUGUGCGCUGGUGUGGAAGGCAAUAUACAUGCCUGGGAUACAAUGAAAGCUCAGCAUAAUGGUAUGCUCUCAGGCCAUGAAAAUCGUAUAACAUGUAUUAGUUUAACACCAAAUGGAAUGUGUUUGGCUUCCACUAGCUGGGAUCAGCAAGUGCGUUUAUGGCUUUAAAAAUUUAACUCUUUAAAAAUUAUUUUUGGAAUUUAUAAAAUAUUUAAAAAUUAAAUACAACAAACCGAAUAGCAUUAAGAUUGCCUAUGUUAACAAGAUAUAAAAUUUGUGAAAAAUUAUAUACCAUUAAAAAUAUAAAACUUAAUAAAUUAAA